AGCUGGCGAGGCCAAUAAACAAAAGCAAGAACGCAACACCAUCUGCAACUACGCCAAAGCUUGGCGACCCAAAACAGAGAAUCAAGAUCAGUGAAGUCCAAGCAAAGCAACUGAAGUAAAAAUAUCGAAUUUACCAGGGAUCUACAAUGAGAAAGCGGCCAUGGUUGAGAGUUGAGAGGCCACGAACUCCACCAAGAGUCCAAGACCCAAUCACAAGCAUCCACUGCCUUGCUCAGUUGCUCGCCUUUUCUUUAAGGCCUCCAACGGUGGAGCCGGAAUAAACUCCGGCCACUUCGGCAUCCGCCGGGGAAUUUGAUUCUUCUCUCCACUAUAUACUCACGCUACCUUCCACCUCCCCCUAAUUCUCUCCCUCGUCUUUCUUCGCCGCCAGCCAGACAGCUCCAGCUCAGGUGGGCAGACACGCAGCGGCCAAGAUGAUGGCGGAGGCAGCGUGGACGCCGGUGCUGUUUCCGCCGACGGUGCCCUGUUUCUGGCAGCCUGACACGCACCCGGUUUUUUGGCGGAGAGGAGACGCGUGGACGGCGGAGGAGAACAAGAAGUUCGAGAAGGCGCUGGCGCUGAUCGACCGGAACGCGCCCGACCGGUGGGAGAAGGUGGCGGAGCUGCUGCCCAGGAAGACGGCCGACGACGUGAGGAACCACUACCACGACCUCGAGAACGACGUCGGCUACAUCGAGGCCGGGCUCGUGCCGUUCCCGCACUACAGCAGCUCGGUCCCGUCGUCCGGGUUCACCCUCGAGGACUGGGACGCGUACGGCGGCGGCGGCGGCGGGUUCAGGCGCGGCGGCUACUGCCUCAAGCGCUCGCGCGGGUCGGACCAGGAGCGGAAGAAGGGUGUCCCCUGGACGGAGGAGGAGCACAAGCUUUUCUUGAUGGGACUGAAGAAGUACGGGAGAGGGGACUGGCGGAACAUCUCGCGCAAGUACGUGACGACCCGGACGCCGACGCAGGUGGCCAGCCACGCGCAGAAGUACUUCAUCCGGCUCAACUCUGGCGGCAAGGACAAGCGCCGGUCCAGCAUCCACGACAUCACCACCGUGAACCUCCCCGACGAAGACCGCGGCAACGCCACGCCGCCCUCGCCGCCGUCCGCGGUCACCGCCGCCAACCCCUCCGUCGCCGCCCUGGUGGACGUGAAGCCCUUCAUGGCGCCGCUCCCAGCUGGCGCGCUCGGCGGCGUGACGCACCCCUACGUCAACGUGAAGCUGGAGCCCAAGAGCUCGCUCGUGGCCGGCCUCGGCCUGGGCUUCGACGACUCCGUCUUCCUGCAGAUGCAUUGCGGGCAGUUGUGACGGGUCGGGCGGUUCUUGCGGCGAGAACCGCUCCUCCCAUGCAUCUCAACACCGCCGGCCUCAUCUCCGGUCGACUCCGGGCAUCUCGCAGGCGGGAGGUCGUCGUGCUCGUGCUUCAGGUGUACUACUCCUAUCAAUCAGAUGGCUGGCACGUCCCGUGUGAGGAUGAAGAGUGGCACGGUCUCGGCGUUCAGCUGCCCGUCACCUCGCGGCAGCUCCGAGUGACUGUGUUCAUGGAGAACAAGAGGCCAUGGGCGUGCCGUUGCAGCGUCCAUUUCAGUUCCGUGUACAUAAUCCAACAAGUACGUACAGAGCCCAAGAACUUGCACGGUACGUCGGUACCGAAUAAUAAAGCAUUCCAUAAAAAGCCUUUUCCAGCGUCACCGGCAGUGGCGGCUUUGGAUUAGGGAUCCACAGGAUCGAUCACAUACGGGGGCAGAAGAUUUGUGUAGUGUAUUUUUGGUGUGCAACAUCUCCAACCAGAUGGGGGUAUGUAACACUUGUAGUGUGAUGCUUGUAGGGUCUCGCAAGGUUUUUGUCCGCCAUUUGUUUGCUUUGCCAGUUACUCCUCGAAGUUUAGAUAUGUUGUUCGACACUUCUACAGUAAAAAGAAAGUUUAGA